UUAUAAGUGCAAUAAACCUGGUCAUCGCGCGUCCGAAUGUACUGAAGAAGGUGAUGGUGGUAGAUCAUUUAACUGCUUUAAGUGCAACAAACCUGGUCAUCGCGCGUUCGAAUGUACCGAAGAAGGUGAUGGUGGUAGAUCAUUUAAUUGCUAUAAAUGCAACAAACCUGGUCAUCGCGCGUCCGAAUGUACCGAAGAAGGUGAUGGUGGUAGAUCAUUUAAUUGCUAUAAGUGCAACAAACCUGGUCAUCGCGCGUCCGAAUGUACCGAAGAAGGUGAUGGUG